CGGAGAGUACAGUGUUACAUUGUCGCCAUCUUGAGAGAUAUUUUAGUUUGGGGAGAAGAAAGUCGACUGCUUUGAGCUCUCUCUCUCUCGAACCGCAACACCACUGGACCCACGACCACCCUCUUUUAAUAGCGUUGGGCUCAACGGACAGGCAGACUAAAAUUUGUUGGAGAAAACUGCGAAAGCGAACCGUGAGAGAACCAUGAGUGGAGGAGGUAUUCCGUAUCUGGGCAGCAAGAUAAGCCUGAUAUCGAAGGCUGAGAUACGUUAUGAAGGCAUUCUCUACACCAUCGACCCCCACGAAUCCACUGUUGCUCUCGCCAAAGUAAGAUCUUUUGGUACUGAAGAUCGUCCUACCGACCGUCCUGUUGCCCCAAGAGAUGAAGUUUUUGAAUAUAUAAUAUUCAGAGGUAGUGACAUUAAAGACAUCCAUGUCUGUCAACCUCCCAAGCCACAGCCUUUGCAAGGACUACCGCAAGACCCUGCUAUUGUGAAGUCAUCCCAGCCAGUGACCACCACUUCGUCUUAUCCUCAACAACAGCAGCAGCAGCAACAACAGCAGCAGCCUCAGCACACUUACAGCGGUCAAUCUUAUCAACCUUUUGGAGGAGCUCAGCUUUAUGGCGGUCAGUAUCUUCAUUCUGGUGGCCAGCAUUCCUAUCAUGGUUCUAGCCAAUUUUCUCUUCCAGUUUCUCGUGGUCCUACCCCACCUGUUGGGCGCAAAUCCCCAACAACUGAUCAAGGAACUCAGAUCAAUGUGGAUGACAAGAUGCAGCAGCAGCAUCAGCAUCAGCACCAGCACCAGCAGAUGUCUCCCACGGAUCGUCGAGACAAACGCUACAAUAAUCAGAAAGAUCAGCAAGGGAACCGGACUACAACAUUCACUCGUGGACGAGGGGGUAGAGGGGUUCCAAGAGGCCGACCCCGAGGAAUGUCUCGAGGUAUGCCAAGAGGCAGAGGGAACUCCAGACAACCUUCAGAACCUCUCAAAUUUGAGAAUGACUAUGAUUUUGAGAGUGCCAAUGCUGAAUUUGAAGAAGUGGAGAAGGAGCUGAAGAAGUUAACACUGAAUGAAAAGAAUCCCACUCCUAUUGUGAAUGGAGAAAAACCAGAAACUGAAGAGGAACCAGAAGUUCCAAAGAAAGAUGUGAAGAAGGAUGAAGAAACGGUGUACUAUGAUAAAACCAAAUCUUUCUUUGAUAACAUCAGCUGUGAGGCAACUGAGCGUGAACAUGGUCGUGUAAAUAGAACAAGUUGGCGAGAAGAACGGAAACUUAAUGCAGAAACUUUUGGAGUGUCAGAACGUUAUCGUGGUAGGGGCAGAGGCAUGAGAGGUCGAGGUGGUUUCCGAGGUCGAAGGGGGAGAGCUCCUUUUUAUCCAUCAGGUAGAGGAAUGAACCGUGGUAAUUACAGAGGAAACUUCCGACGAAAUUCCGGAAAUACUGGUUGGGGUGAUUCUAGUUGGGCAGAUAACCAACACAAUGAAGCAAACAACGUAAACGGUGAAAAAGCUCUGAACAAGAGGCCCAUUGCUGUUUUCACCUAAUAAUCAUCUCAAUACUGAAAAAAACAACAAAAAAAGCAUCGGACAUCGAAGUAGUCAGAUUUUGAAUCCUUUCCAACUCAUUGCUGCCAUUUUUGUUUGGAACGGAAGCAGGGAAGCAACCAGUUAACUACCUUGUCUGGCUCUGUCCAGGAAGAGAGAAGCUAACAGAUGCGGAUAGAAUUACUGACAGCUUGCCAUUGACAGAUGCAAUAAAUCCAGUCACAACAGAUUUACUUAAAAUAUAUAUUUAUAUAUACAGAAUCAGCAUGUAUAUAUAACCCCUGACCCUAAAGUUUUUUACCUCCUGAAAACACCUGCAAAAAAUAUUUAAAAGAAACAUUACAGGAAAAUACCUGCUAAGUAGAAAGUUGUGUAAAUAGAACAGCCACUUUGUGUUGUUAGCAGGCAAACAGCGACGACCAGGAUUGAAGACCAAAAGCCCAAAUCUCAUGGUUGGAUGGCAUUUAGAAAGGGCUCAUUGCUUGUCUCCCACUUCCCUUGUCCUCAGACCCUUUCAUCAUCAGACUAUUUAAGGUUCUGAUAAUAAUGUUGGGACAUUGUCCAGAGGGUAGUUAAAUGUAGCUUUUAUUUUUUAUUUUCUUUUUUCUUUUUUUCCUUUUUUUUUUUUUGAUUUCAUGGACUUUUUGGGGUUUCUUUGUUUGCUUCCUAAAACCCUGGCAGUAGAAUCAGUGCUUUAUUAAGCAGGGAAACUAAGAAUGUGCUAUAUCAAUAUUAAAGAGUUUAGUGUUAUUUUACUUAAAUUUCUUCCGGAAAUCACUUUAUUCCCUGCUUUCUUCAUUUUUUUCUGGAAGUUGAAUGAGCAGAGGUAGUGGCCAUACUACAUCUAACUGCCUUUGAAGUGCAACUCUAUAUUUCAACGUAGAAACCAUCUGGGGAAGGGAUUGAUUUUUCUUUAACUCCAGCUACCAAGUUGGUGGCAGUUUUUGAGGACCUGUUGAGGGUUGAGGAUAUUUUAAAGGCUCAAAAUGACUGACUUCGUAAAAAGGUAUGGAUGGAAAUUUACUAGAAAGAGGAAUAAGCCAUUCUCUUAAGGUUCCUGGGACAAAGUAGUUGCUAAUGACCAAAAACUGUUGGCAUCUCUCAGAACUGACCAGUUUAGUCAGUUUGGCAGGACUGGGGAGGGGGGGGAAAAGACAACUUUAACCUACCAAACACUCCAAUGUUAAGAUACUACACACCUCCUCCUCCUUUAAUUAAAAGACAUUUGCAGAAUA